AUGAAAAUACAUACCGGAGAAAAACCUUAUUCGUGUCACAUCUGUGAAUAUAGGUGUAUUAGAAAAAGUCAUUUGCAAUCACAUACAAAAAUAUACACCGGAGAAAAACCUUAUUCGUGUCAUAUCUGUGAAUAUAGAUGCAUUACAAAGAGUGAUUUGCGAAGGCAUCAGAACAUACAUACCGGAGAGAAACCUUAUUCGUAUAAUAUCUGUGAAUAUACAUGUAUAAGAAAAAGUCAAUUGCAAUCACAUAUAAAAAUACACACAGGAGAAAAACCUUAA